AAGUGGCGCGUCGCCUCCGGCGCGCUGUCUGCGGCCCAGCGGCUCGUGUUCUGACGUAGCGUAUUCCACGCUCUGUUCAAAAAUUGUGGAUGCUGUUCUUUGAACUUUGGGAGUGUCGUCGUGUGCCUUUCGAAUCUUACGAGGACCCAUAUCAUUUUGGAUAUACGCAGAAUGAUUUCCACCGUCAUAUCUCGCCUAAUCAUCUUGCUCUUCGGUGUGCUGUACCCUGCAUAUGCAUCCUACAAGGCAGUCAAGAACAAGGACGUCAGGUCCCACCUUCAAUGGAUGAUGUACUGGAUCGUAUUUGCCCUCUUCACAUGCAUCGAGACAUUUUCUGACAUCUUUAUUUCAUUUUGGAUGCCAUUUUAUUAUGAGCUCAAGAUCUUGUUUGUUCUAUGGCUCCUGUCACCUGCAACAAAAGGAUCAAGUCUCUUGUACCGACGCUUCGUUCAUCCACAACUUGUUCAACGUGAGCAGGACAUUGAUGAACUGAUAGAGAAGGCAAAGGAGCAAGGCUACUCUACCAUGUUGCUUCUUGGCAGCCGUGGUCUGAGCUAUGCCACCAGUGUGGUGCUCCAGACAGCCAUCAAAGCACAAGAAGCGAUUGCAGCACACAGGAGUCAUGAUGUAGCAGCUAUCCAGGGCAGAGAUGACAGGCCAGAUGGCAAUGCAAUUGCUUGGAUGGACAUGGACAGUGAUUCAGAGCACCUGCCACAGUUGCCGGCCCCUUGCCAACAACUUGAACCGUUUGUGGGAACUGGUGACAGCCUGGACAUUGACAACAAUCUGUAUGCUGUCGAUUCAGGCACCCAUGGUGAAGAAGUUUGCGCAUCACCUCGCCCAGUUGCAACCAAGACAUCGCGCUCGUCAGUUAAGAACCGUAGUCGCAAUACGGCCAGAACAUCCGACUCAAGUGGACCGAUGCGCCGGUCAACGCGAGCAGCCAAGAAUGCAAGCAAGAAUUGAAGCCUUCAGCCUUUGAAGCCUUCAGCCCUUCAAAAGCACCUCUGCACCAUCUAAGUGUGUCUGCUUAGGCAGAUAACAUUGUGAUUAUUGUUUCAGUCGAAGUGUGCCUUCUUUUUUGUACUACUGAAAAACAAAACAAAAAAAAAAUUCUUUGUGCAGUACUGUGCUGCAGUAAAUCUUUUUGUGAGGUUGCAUGUUUUUGUAGGAUUUUUUAGGGCCUGGUUUAACUUAACUUGUUACUGCUGCGUUACACUAAUUGUGUGCAUUCCCGAUGUCUAUGCAUUCUUACUGUGUCCAUCUUGCUAAUAUAUAUUAGCACAUGCUGGGAGAAGUGGAAGCACUAUUUGCUAUUCUUAUACCAUGCAUAUGUUUUUCUCUCCUUCACAUUUCCUCCUGUUUCCUUUUUCUUUUUGUUUUUUUUUACCUUUUCAAAUUUAGGUCAUAGCAACUCAAGCUUCUACAGAUAGCUGUGUGGGCUGGGCUACUAUUAGGACACUCCAAGUGCACUUGCCACCACUUUUUAGUGCAUUUUUUUAGUGCCAUAAAUGUAGCUUCUUUUGUGCAGUUCUUGUCAGUGGAAUGCAUAAGUAACAAUAAACUUGCUGUGAUAUAUAUAUAUUUUUUAAUAUUUUUUUUAGAGGAAACAGCACAUUUGUAGCUGCAGUGUGAACUUGUGGCACUUGCUUACAGGUAUUAGAAAUGCCUGUGUAAUCUCAACUCGAGUCACCUGCAUUGCUUUUAGUACAUACGUAGUAGGUGAAGUCACAAAAGCUAAACUCAGUGUGCUUUAGUGACAUUAUAACACUUGAAUUCACUUGUUACUAAUCAAGUUGUUGCCAUGGUUCUUGUUACUCCGCAGCAAUUGUUGGUGAGACACUUGUUUGGCAUGCCGCCACACUCAAAGGCAACAUUUAGGGGUGAUGGUUGUGGUUAGAAUGCAGUGUUUGUGACUGUGUUUCUGUGGUAUGUUCGCAGUGUAAAUGCGUGUACUCAGUGUUGCUAGUAGCAUAAUGGGGAUCAUGCUCAGUAGAAGCCCUUGUCACUGAUGUUUUUCCCAUCUUUUUAUAGCACUACUUGUGCCUUUGAUCUUAUGUGUUCAUUAGUGCCACAUCUGUGUGUUCCUGAACACCUUUGUCCGAGCCAUUUCUGCAAAAUUGUGUGUCUGUGAAGAGGAAGAAUGGCAGCUUUGACUGCAUGCACUACAGGAUAGUCAGAGCAAAAUUUCUAUCUUUGUUCAUAUGGCCCUGUCAGCUGAUCGUAUGGAAGUGCAUGUAUUAAAUGGUGUUGGAUUGAGGACGAAGUAGGACACUCAGUGAUAUAGAUAUAUAUACAUAUACAAUGAUAAGAAAUAUGUGCAUGGCCUAUUAGCAUGUUAGGGACCAUUUGUGGUCCCACUUGGAUCCUUUAAAACAUGUAGGGCUACUGCAUACAUUUCUACGCUUACUGGUUUUUCUUUCACAAUUCAUAAGCUGUAUCCUUUGCAGGUAAAGCAAAAUAUCACGUCUUCAUCACUCAUCUUUAAACUUGGGCUGAGAUGAGGGAUUGCAGACUGGCUGUGAAAACCCUUUACUAGAGGACAGUAAACUCUAGUCAGUGAAAAUUCCUUAUGGGUAUUACACCAUGUGAAGACGUAUUUUGUGUUUAGCCAAAGAAUAUUUCUUGACAACGCUAGAAAAACAAGCAUAAAUUUGCUCGUAUAGUAGGACCACAAAAGCCUUUUUUUUUUUUUUUUUUUACCAUUUACCUAUUCUCAAUGUUUUUCAUAUUGUCAUGAAAAAUACUGUGUUCUGUUUUCAUGGUGUGCAAUAUACCCAACUGUUUUUGAAAAUAAAUUGUGUAUUAU